AUGGUGUCACAGAGGCGGAGCAAAGCCCGAGGACUCGUCGACCGCCUCGGAGGAUGGUACCUGGGCCUACGACCUGAAUCUGGCUCGUAUACGGUUGAAGCUGUGAAGAUCCCUCUCCGGGACGGAAUUUCUCUGGCGGGCGAUGUAUACACGCCAUGUCUCGACCGAGGCCGCGAGGCCUGUGGAACGAUACUCGUCCACGGCCCAUACGGACGAACAUUGCUGACAGCCAUCACCGACGCCAGUCUCCUCGCCGCGCGCGGAUAUCGCGUGGUCCUCGUCUCAUGCCGUGGCACUUUCGGCUCCGGUGGAACCUUUGACCCCGCCAGGGCUGAGGCCAACGACGGACAGGACAUCGUCGAGUGGAUGCGCGGCCAGCCGUGGUGGACGGGCCGCUUCGGAACCUACGGAGCAAGCUAUCUCGGAUACACGCAGUGGGCCCUGCUGCGAGAUCCGCCGCCAGAGCUGGUCACGGCAUCUAUCGCCGUUGGACCUCAUGACUACAGCACCCAUUACUGGGGCACCGGAUCGUUCCGUCUGGACCGCAUUUCCUGGAGUGAUAUGGUGGCGCACCAAGAGGACGAGGGAUGGAGUCCUAAACGUGGGCCCCUGAGACUUGUGGUGGGCAAUAGCAAGAUCAAGGACGUGAUGAGAGACUUGCCUCUGGCGCCCGCAGUCAAGUCAUAUUUUGGCACCAAGGCAGAGUGGCUCGACUACCCCAUAACCCAUUCAGACAUCACGGACGAGUAUUACAAGCCAAUGCAGCACAAUAUGGCGCUGGAGCGCCUCAGCGUCCCCAUCCUGCUUACUACGGGAUGGUUCGACCCAUUUCUGGUGCAGACGAUGGACCAGUACGCUUCCAUCAGCGAGCGCACCAAUGUUGGCCUGACGGUCGGACCAUGGUCGCAUCUUCCAGCCUCUGGUAUCAGUAAUCUCGGAGAGAUAUUCGACUGGAUUGAUGAGCAUCUUGGCCAGAAGGGCAACAGCAGUAGGCCAGAUGCCGUACGCAUCUACGUAACUGGAGCCGAGGAGUGGCGCGGCAUGAAGAAGUGGCCGCCCGAGACCAAACCACAGGACUGGUUCUUACAUGCAGGCCAACGCCUAGAUACGAAUGAGCCAGCUGGCGAACUUCAUUACUCUUCUUUUACUUUUGAUCCAUCAGAUCCCACGCCUACCAUCGGCGGCCCGCAUCUUGUCAGUAAAGGUCGUGUCGAAGAUAGUGCCUUGGCCUCACGAUCGGAUGUCCUUGUUUUCGAUAGCGCCCCGCUCCAAGAUGACCUGGAGAUCUUUGGCAAACCUAUUAUUACCCUUCAUCACAAAAGCGACCUGCCGUACGCAGACUUGUGGGUUCGGCUGAGUGAGGUGGAUCGCAAAGGGAAGUCCCACAAUAUCACCGAAAUCUAUCGACGACUCGAUCCGAAGCGGGCACAGAACAAGGUGGUAAAGCUCUCACUGUACGAUACAGCCCAUCGAUUUUGCAAGGGAACAAAGAUCAGGGUUAUUGUUGCAGGAGGUUCGUUUCCUGCGUUUGCGCGAAAUCUUGGCACAGCUGAGAAUCAGUCUCUCGGAGACAGAUUACAAGCAGUCAAACACACGAUAUGCCAUGACGGCUCGAGCAAUUCGAGAAUUAUGCUGCCUGUACGGUGUUGA